CCCUUGCUAUUUUACUUUCGGUUUCGAGUCAGGUGAUACGACAGUAUUUUGGACUGCAAAAUGACAGAGAAGUGUUCAGUUCUGUUUUGUGCUUUCUUUAUAGUUUGUAUCCAGAAUGUAAGCUCUCUGAAAAUAGCCUCUGUGACAUGGGACAAGGACUCGAACAAGUUUUCUUUGCAUAAAGGAAUCGUUUCUGGUUAUGUUGCGAAAGGAGCUUUCCGAAACGAAAUCAACACAACUGGCUGGUCCUAUCUAAAUGUGUCAACAGUGCAGAGAUUUCCCAAUGAGAUUCAGGCAUAUGCUGCUGGGAUGGUGGAGGGGGCCCUGACCAGCUCUCUGAUCAACAUGACCUGGCACAAUACCAUCAAGGGUUACUGUGAGAAACCCUACAGUCAAUACUGUACAAAACUCAGGAACUUCCUACAGCAAAACAUCAACUGGAUCAAGGCUCAAAAGGACAGAACAGAUGAUUAUUGGUCCAUGGUAAAAGCUUUCAUGGUGCAAGUUGAAGGUCUGGAAGCUGGAUAUAAGUAUCAUCAGUCCGGAGUGAUCCCUGGAAUUUCUGGAGACAUUAAUCCUUUUGGAUUAUACAUGCUUCAAGUGGGUGGAGAUUUGGAAGAUCUGGAGGCAGCAUUGGGAAAGAAAGAUGCCAAGAGAGUUCGGGGGUCAGGGUCUUGCUCCGCUCUCAUUAAACUAUUACCAGGCAACAAAGACCUGUAUGUCAGCCACGACACCUGGAACUCGUACCAGAGCAUGAUUAGAGUACUGAAGAAAUACAGCCUCCAGUACAAAACUAAAGCAGGAGUUACAGUCCCUGGACACACCAUGACAUUUUCUUCUUACCCAGGAAGUCUGAUGUCAGGAGAUGACUACUACUUAAUCAGCUCAGGACUGGUUUCCUUGGAGACAACAAUUGGCAACAGUAACCCUGCUCUGUGGAUUUCUGUGAAGCCUACUGAUUCAGUCAUGGAGGGUAUCAGGACUAUGGUCAGUAAUUAUUUGGCUGAGGAUGGAAAUUCAUGGGCAGAAUCCUUCACACAAUUCAACAGUGGCACCUACAACAACCAGUGGAUGAUUGUGGAUUACAAGAAGUUUGUGCCUGGUGCAUCAAAUAUGACAAAAGUUCUUUAUGUAGUAGAGCAAAUUCCAGGAAUGAUGGCAGUCGGAGACAUGACAAAUACAAUUCUGAAACAGUCCUACUGGCCGAGCUAUAACAUUCCGUACUACCCACAAAUUUUUAACAUGAGUGGGGGGAAUGAGAAUGUUAAAAAGUUUGGAGACUGGUUUUCAUAUGAUGGGAGCCCUCGGGCCAAAAUCUUCAAAAGAGACCAUUCUAAAGUCAUAGAUCUCAAAUCCAUGAUUAGUUUGAUGAGGUACAAUGACUACACACACGACCCCCUGUCUGUGUGUAAUUGUACUCCCCCUUACAGUGCAGAGAAUGCAAUCUCCGCCCGAUGCGACCUCAAUCCAGCAAAUGGCACGUAUCCAUUUGGAGCAUUAGGUCAUCGUUCACAUGGAGGGACAGAUAUGAAGCUGACAAACAGUGCUAUGUUCAAGAAGCUGCAGUUUGUGGCCAUUAGUGGACCAACUUAUGACCAGCUUCCGCCAUUCCAGUGGAGCAAGGCCGACUUCAGGGACAGUGCUCCACACAUUGGACAGCCAGAUGUGUUCAAAUUUGACCCCAUCAUGUUUGAUGGUACAACAGAUUUCAAGCCAUUCCAAAGAUAAGGAGAUAUUUAGUACAUGUACUAAAUGCCCAGAUGUUUAUUAUGGUGUCAACAUAACAAAGAACUGGCAAUAUAUACGUUCAGUUUCAUUUAAAGUGCCUGGAGUUAAUACACACUGUCAUAGAGUACCACCCCGAAAGGAAACCUGAGCUGUGGAAAAAUUUUAUAAAUACAAAUUAAUUUUUGGAUAUUUUUCUUGUUAAUUUGUUAUCAUUAUGAACAUGUCUAUGCUUUCAACUGUGAUAUUUUUCAACCACAAUAUUGUUUUGUAUACAGAUCUAUUAAAAUAGUUCAAAACAUG